AUGUGUCGUCCCAAUUUUCUUAUCAUCGUUGCUGAUGAUCUUGGCUAUUCAGACGCUUCACCAUACGGAUCCGAAAUAUCCACACCCCACCUCGAAUCCCUCGCUUCUGAUGGCGGGACUCUUUUUACCGAUUUUCACACGGCUUCAGCAUGUUCUCCCACACGUUCGAUGUUGUUCAGUGGAACCGAUCAUCAUCUGGCUGGUGUUGGGCAAAUGCUUGAAGUUAUGCAACUAUAUCAAGGAAUUUGGGACGGAAAACAAGGAUAUGAGGGAUAUUUGAACGAUCGGGUUGCCGCUCUUCCCGAGAUCCUCAGGGACCUAGGUGGCUAUCGAACGAUGAUGGCUGGAAAAUGGCAUUUAGGGUUGACAAAGGAGCGAUUUCCGUCGAAGCGAGAUUUCGAAAAGAGUUUUGCGCUGCUACCAGGCGCCGGCAGUCAUUUCAACUAUGAACCUGGAACAGCAGAACAACCAGUGAUCGACUUUAUGCCUCCGCUGUAUGCACGAGAUGAUGAAUUUGUUAAUCAUACAACUCUGCCGGAUGACUACUAUUCAUCAGAUUAUUUCACGUCGGAAUUGAUUCGAUUUCUCGACGAAGAUGAUGAACGCCCGUUCUUCGCCUAUCUUGCUUUUACUGCUCCGCAUUGGCCUUUGCAAGCGCCGAAAGAGUUGAUCAAGAAGUACAAAGGACGAUACGAUGCAGGGCCAGAUGCGUUGCGUGCAGCCCGGCUUGAAAGCCAACGUCGGUUGGACUUGCUCUCUCCCGAUGUCGUCCUCGCAACGGUGUCAACAGAUCAGAAGUCGUGGACCUUGAUGUCGGACGAAGAGCGGGCAUUCUCGGCUAAAACAAUGGAAAUCUAUGAAGCCAUGGUUGAACGAUUGGAUUACAAUGUCGGUCGACUAUCUCCGUCGGACGAAUCAAUUCGAUAA